AAAGUAAAAAAUUAAAUAACAAAAUUUUAUUUUAACUAAAUUAUUGAAGCAUAACAAAUUUGAAUUAUUCAACUACAAAAAUCUACGAACAAAACGAACGAAAAACGACCAUAUGUAGUACCUACUUACAAACAUAUAUACUCUACGACGACAUCACCGUAUCAACAUACAACGUUUUUGGGCCAAACGACAACAAUAGCAAACAUCGUUGCUGUACAAGUCAGCAAGCUCAGGCAUCAGUUAGUCAGUUGUGGAAGUGAUCAGAAAACUUGCAAUAAUCGAAAUCAGCUGAAAGUUUUUACUCACACACGCUUACGCCCAUAUUUUCAAAUUCACAUACAAACAAAGCCAUACACAUACACAAUAUCCACGACAAAAACACAGCUGACUGCGAUAACAACGGCGACGUAACGAUGAUGAACGAAUAAAUAAUAAAAAAACACCUUAUGCAAGUGUGGAACAAUUCUAAUGAGAAUUUAAUUCCAUAACAAUCAAAUGAAAGGCGAAAUGGAUUACUAAAUGCAGUUGAAAUUAGUCAACAGCAGCAGGAGAAGCAGCAAUUAGCAACAUUGCAUUGCGCAAUAGUCACGCCCACACACACACGGAACGACGACGACCAGCACCCAGCAACCCCAACCCGGCCAACGAGUAAAGAUCAGCAGAGACCAUAAGCUUAAGUUGUAAACACAACUUGAAAUUUUUGGCCAACUAAAAUUGAAAACGGACCCUUAAACAAAAGAUCAACAGUAGCCUUCCCAAUAGCCCCCUACAAAACCAUACACAUAUACACCACACAACUACAGAAGUCAUCGAGAACAGUAUAAUUAAAAGAAAAAAGUAAAAGAUUUGCCAUCAGAAGGCAGCCAAUUCUAUUAAAAAAAUAUUACAUACAUGUAAUUAAUUGAAGACAAAACGAUCAAACUGUGAAUAGCAGCACAUUGAACAAAACAACGGAGAGUGGUGAAAAUUGAACAUCACAAUAAUACAAACGGCAACCGAUCAAUGGCUGUUGCACCAAAACGAUGCAUAAUUAUCAAGUAACAAAUGCAAGCGGAUUAAAAACAUAACAAAAUCGGCCACGCCCCCGAAACAUCAAGAAGGAGCGGGUGUACAAAAUAAAAAAUUCACUAUGAUUUGAAUAUAAUUUGAAAAAGGUGGAACUCAAAAUCAACUCAGCAAUCAAUUUUUUGUUCACAUUUCUCCACAAGUGUUUUAAUUGCUUUUGUCACCUGAUUUUUCCAAUUAAAAAUCUUUUCCGAAGAAAAUUGAGUAACAUCGUACAUAUUUGUUGGAUUUAUAUGUUGAAUAACACACACAUAAAAUUAACAUAAAAAGUAAACCAAUAAUAUUAGCAAAAAAAAAAAAAAAAACGCGUAUAACAUUAAAAAAAAAUUAACACAGCAACAAAAAAGGGGUUUAUGAAUAAGCAACAAAUUCAAACCAAAGAAUUGAAAGCAAACAAAAAUCAAGUAGAAAUAGAUUACUAACAAAUUGAAGUAAAUAAAUAAUUAAUAACCUACACAAUUGAAGAGCAACAGUAAAUGUAAAACUGUUUUACGUCUUUCCGAUAUCUACAUGCUACAUGCAGUAUAUCUAGAGAAAUUUUCCUAAAUAUGUUUGCAACAUUUUCUGAGUCUAUGCUAUUGUCGCAAUAACUGCAACAACAACAAGAGUAAAGCCUUGGAAUUAUGCACGCACCGUUGUGCAUUGCCAACACAGAAUCGGAUGUUGCACCGAAAAAUGCUUAAGUUCUACAUAAAAUAUUGCUAUCAUUACAACAACCACAACAGCAAUUGUCGACUAUUUCAGCACAUCAAUAAAGGAACUACACCAGGCGAUCAGUGUUAACACCGAUAGGAGGAGGAGUAGUAACAACAACGGUUACGGCAACAACUCAAAUGCAAGUUGUCGCCGUACGGUGGUCGCCAGCGAUAAUUGCAUUAGCAGUCGCCAUUGUUCGUAAGGCAUCAGCGACUGGAUUUGCAAAAGUUCGGUCUUAAUUUCUGCGAAUUAGCCAGAGCAUAACGUCCAAUCACCAGUUGCCACAACAACAAUAGUGGCAGCCAGCAGUCACCUUAAUUGCAUCCUUGGCGACAAAAACAUCAACACCAACACCCACGACCGUUUCAUCGUUGACGACCUGCAUGACGUGAUUGCUUUGUUCGGUUCCUCUUGGAUCACUAAGUUAAAGUAAUAGGUAUGAAGUAUCCGCAACUUGUAUCGACGCGUGCGGUGAACGCCAUAUCUGAUUGGCUAGUAUCCCGCUUGGAGCAAUUAGGCGUUGAGGCACCACAGAUCUAUACUAGGCUUCUCCUAUCUCUCUUACAAUCGACUAUUCAACUAAACGAUCCAAUUGAGUUCAGCAAUUUAGAAUCAUUUUUUGCAAGUCGUAAAGGUGGAAAUAGACGUUACCUUGACACCGACGCCCUUAAAAAAUUCAACGCGGUGCAGUGUCUGAAGGAUAUUGUUUCCUCGGAACAAGAGAUCGCAACUAUUGAAAAUCUCGUCGAUGAGUUGUGUGAAAAACUAAAGGACAUCGAAAAGCAAACUGGUGAUAGUGAAGAUGAGGAUAAACAAUUAGUAGCAACACUCUCGCUAACUCAACAGCAUCACCAUAAUCAAUCACAUCAUCAUUAUCACCACAGUCAUUCGCACAAGUCGCACUACAAUCACCAAACGAAAGAAGUUCCAUCGCAUAGCAAAAGUUGCAGUGCUAGUGGUCGAGUUGAAGGCGGAGAAACUGUUCAAGCGGAGGCAACAGCAGGCGUAACACCAGUUAAUAAUCAGAAGAACGUCUCGGAAGAACAAUUAGGGGAUCGUGAACUAGACCCACGUGAUCUUUAUUUUCGCGCUUUUCCAGCGCUGUCAAAAGAGAUGGAGGAUUCUUUAAAUUGGCGCCGCAAUUCAAAGUGGCUGACGUGGCCUAUGGAACAACGUAAUCAGGACCCAUCGAUUUCGACUAGCAGUUCAAGCUCGACAAUUUCUAGCAACUCCGCUGCAGAUAGCGGUAUUAAAGAUAUCGCUACUAGCUCUGUCACUCAAACCAAUGCUAGAGACAAGUUAGAUGAAGUGCUGAAAAAUGCAUCAAAAGUACCCCGACAAGAGUUGUGCGAUGACGUUGCCGAUGUUAACUAUAAUGAGGCUAAUGCAUCUGUCUUUGCUUCUGCUAAUGCUGCUGUUGGCGGCAUAAAACGAAAAUCAAAACGUCGCCGAAGUCGAGCUUUAUCGAAAUUAAAGUCAAGUCAACAAAAUGUGCGUAAAAAUCCCGCUACCAGCGUUGCAUGCGGCUCUGCUUCAAUUUCCAUGCCAAAUAAUGGUGGCAAUAAUGCAUCAGCAGCAGGCGCCUCCAUCAAAACAAAACGUAGUGCUUCUCCUACCUACUGGGAUACCGAUUUUGAGGGCUGUUGGGAGAUGGGACGCGAUCUGAUCAAAGAGUUUAUUACGCGUCAAAACAGGAACUAUCGCAAUCGCAGCACUUCAGAGAGUGCUGUUGCGUACAAUAAGAAAAUCGCCAUUGAAGUAGCGGCAAGUAUCAAGGACGGAGAUGAUGAUUGUCAUAGCACUAAUGAGAAUGUUAUAUUCGAUGGAAAGCAACAGCAAACUAAAGGACCCACUGCUCAAAUUAACGACAUUGAGAGUGACAAAGAUAGUAGAUCGGCAAAUGUCGUUACACCAAUAUUGCCGCCAGUGGAUUUUUCUUUCUGCGAUGACUACGAUGAUACACUCGCUUCGGUAUCAGAAUUAACUAAUGAUGUCCCCUUGGUACCUUCCGCAAAACGUCUAUAUGAACGCGAACUGAUACCAACCGAUGCUAAAUCUGACGAACAGUUGGAUUUCGCACAAUUCGAAGCUAAAUUUAAUAGUAGCGUAGAAGCUUUGUGGAAAGAUGCUGGGAGCGGUGAUGAAAAAGGUUUCGAGCCAAUUGGAAAUGGGAAUCAAAUGCACGCUUUUGGUUUCGGCAGUACCAGCAGCUCGCACUUUCCUGGGCUUACUUCGUUACCAUUCGAUGUGCCAUUCUCACAAAAUGUAAAAAACUUUUGGGCCAACUAUUAUAAUCACCAUUUUGACCUAAGUAAAAUGCUACCGACAAGCGUGAUCGGCGGGAAAGCAAGAGAGCUGAAUGUUGUGAUGCAGAGCAAAGCGAAUGAUAGUGAUAGCGGUGUUUUUAAGACCAACAACGGCAUUUUAAGUGUUGAUACUUCGGAGAAACCUAUCAGUUUCUCCAAACCUCAAGCUGACGUGUGCACUACAGCCUCCACCAGUACCAGCGACUACUACUCGAUGCCCAGCAAUUUAGACAGAAAUAAAGCAAAAUUGCAGCGCUGCGGUUUGCGCCAUAACAGCGCCUGCAGUGACAAUGGCGCUGCGGGUGUGCAUAGCGGCGGUAUAAUAGGAGAAGAACGGAAAACACCUAUAGCGCUGUUUUUGCAAAACUCAAUUUGGUCCAAAAAUGCUAAUCUUGGUGGCGGGGACACAGAUGAGAGUUUCUACUUUAAGGUGCACAACUCGGGCAAGCAGCUAAAUCAAUAUGACGGGGUUGGUAAUAACAACAAUCGUGAACAGAAACUGCAGCGGGAUACUGAUACUAGUGCCAUUAACGUUGGAAGCGGCAGCAGCAGCAGCUUUGGUUUUACCGCACCCUAUACAACGUCUAAAUGGUCAGAGGGCAUAAAUGCUGGACCGCCUCAAAGCAAUAUGACAAUGGCUCCACCGCAGCAAUUGCAACAAGCUCAGUGUGCAAAUCCAAAGAACAAUUUUAAUAUUUCUUUGAACUCUCUGAGUGGCACCGACUGCACUGAUUCAUCAUCUUCGGCUUCAUUACCCGCCACUACAGGUACUAAUUGGCAGGCGGCCAAAGGCAAUACAAAAACUGGUUUACAAAAUACUUGGGCAACUAGUGCACCACCGAGUGUAGAACAAACGCACGGCGCAAACACAACAAAGCGCCCACCAACACACCUCAUUAGUGGCGGGGGUGAUGAGGGCAAUGCAGGCAUCGUAACUAUGCCAAAAAUAACGCUCGCUAAUCAUUCUCCUAAAAGCAGUGGCUUCAUUGAGUAUUCACGUGUCAAAUCAGUUUUACAGUUACAAUUGUUAACCGAAGAAAAGGCAUCGAGCACCGGUUCAACUAAGCAGCUUCAGCGGAAUUACCCGCAGCUCAAUAGCAAAGAACAACCACAGCAACAGUAUGCGCUCGAUUUGAUGGAUGAUGGCGAAAAUUUAUUGACAUCCGAACGCACACAUUUCCAUCCCAUUAAGUCGUAUGUAGAUGGGCACACGUUUGAUAUUUGCAGCGACAUAGAUGUCGUAGAGUAUGAUCGUUCGGCCAGCGGAUAUCUCUAUCUGGAGCAAGAUAAAUAUCUCGAGUACACGCGAACUGACAACUUUAUUGUGGAGGAUGAUGGUGGCGUUGGUGCCUCAGCCAACCCAUUGUAUGCCCAUUCGAAUUGUGAGGCUGCAACUUUUGGUGCCAACGUAAACUACAACAUCGAUAGCGGAAAUGGCAAAUCGAAACGUGUUGAACGUGAUUUUAUAAUCAAAUUCCGUGUGCAACGCACUGAGAUCGCUUGUCAAACGGAUGCAGAACCGCCAACUGAACGUGCACUGGUAACUGCAAAUAAACGUUUCUCUAGUAUGAGUGUGACAGCUACAGCGCAGCCACAUCCACUUUCCUUGAUUUUUUCGAAUGCCGCUAAAAACUUGAAAGCGACUGCGGCCAAUGAACUUGUAUACAGCGACACUGUCGAGGCAUUUACACGCGCAAUGGCACAUUUUCCGCCACUUUCGCCCACAUCGAACAAUUCCGCAUGGCUACCAGUAGGAGCUGAUUUCGAUGGGCGCCAAUCCACUAAUGGCAAUUGGAAUAUCUACCAAGAACAUUCGAAGAUGCACAAAAAAACCAAUAAGAAUAGCAACAAUAUGAAGAGCAAUGCUAAUGAUGAUGACGAUGUUGACGACGAAGCCGGCGGCGAUGAAGUAGAUUUCUAUGGCGGUGCUGUUGGCGUUGCGGAUAUGGACCACAUCAGCACCUUUGACACUGAUGUGGACAUGACAAGUUUAGGGCAACAAUGGUCCAUGAAUGAGAUACGUAAAAAGUGCAAAGAAGCUGGUCACAUGACUACUUAUACCAAUGCCAAUAAUAAUAAUUCCAUUGGUUCUGGUGAUGGCGCCGACGGUGGCAUCGAGUCUGUUUGGGAUAUGUGUACGGCCUGUAACAGUGAACUGAAAUCAAUACCGGCCAACAGAUUGUUGCGCGAUGAACUUCAAGUGGAGGCGGAUGAGAUAAUGAGUGAUCUGAAGUAUAUGCAAGAUUUAUACAUAGGGCGUGCUGGGGAUGCGAAUGAUGCUGACGAUGAAGAUGAUGGUGCGGACGGGGAGAGUGUAGGCGAUACUGUGACAAGUGAUAGCGAUUGGUGUGCCGAGGACGUAAGUGCUGAAGUUGUAGAAGAAUGUCCAGUCCAACCGAGGUCGAAUGAACAAUUUACAAAUCCUCAGGCAGAAUCGACGCAUGCUUUUGAAGCUGCGGGUGAGAGCGGGGUCACCAAUGAUUCGGACACGUUUACUGUUAUACAAAAAGUAAAUCGCCUAAUUGCUGAGUUGUUACGUCCCGAGAACAACGAUGAUAACAUCCUUGUGGACAAAUUAGAGUCAAAUGCAAAAGGUUGUGAGGGGUCACGUGCAGCAGAAACAGAAACAGCAACAGCACAAUUCAGCGGUAAUUUAUGGCAUAGCAACCGUAAUGAACGCAACAUUUGGCAACUUAAUGCAGCCGAUACCACUACUGGAAUAGUAGUUGGUGCUGGUGUGGGUAUAAGUAAAAACAGUGGUGGUAUUCAUCCAAUGCAACUUUUGCGCCAAUUCAAUGUAAAACCAAUCGAGAGUGCGGCGAAUAUUGGUAAUAUUUUCCCAUUGCCCCCUGCUGGCGAUACAGAUAAAUACCAUACACAAAUGAGUUGGGAUCAUGAGAAUCUAGCUAGAAUUUGGCAAACAUCACCACCACCACCACCACCACAUCAACAGCCACAAGUAGAAAACAUGGCAAUAAAGAAUGCCAAUUCAACAGCCGCUGCAUUUCAUCAAACUGAAAACCAUGAGAAAAUUGAUAUAGCUGAGAAAAAUAUGCGCAAUUUACGUGCCAACGCGGAUGCGAGUGUAGAAGCGGCUGCAGCCAAUUUGCAGCAGGCGCAAGAAUUUUUAGCUCAUAACCAAAGCAAUGUGAUAGAAUCGGAUUUAAAGUUAAAGGCAGUUACUCGUAAACGACGUCAUUCGGCAUCACAAAAUUAUUUCCACGCGCAACUAAAUGGUGGCAUAAUGAUAGCAAACGCAACCACAGCUACUAGCAGUAGCAUUAUUGGCGGUAGUGCUACACUAUUUCAAAACAAUAACAACAAUGAAAUCGCCAAUUUAAAUAGUUAUGCAGUGAAGUCGAGUGCCAACGAAUUUAGUUUUAAAAAUUUACUCAAUGCUUCGUUACGUUUUGGUGCCGCCGCGGCCGCUGCCGUUGCCGCUUCUAAUGCGAAAAAAUGUUCGGAUUAUGCCACCAACCUUUGUGGUGCUGAUAUUGCAUAUGGUUGCGAUGCAACUGCAGCGGCUGCUAACAAUCACACGAUCAUCACCUGCAAGUAUCAUUUGACUGCAAUUGAACCGCUGCCAUUGGAUAAUGUUGGUGGUAUGGAAAACGUAGGUUUGUUUGGUGGUGGCAAUGGUGGCGGUAUCACAGAGGCACCGCUUUCGUGUCUCAUCGACAAGAACCCAUCCAUAUUGAAGCAUGUAACCAUGGUUUCACGGCCGUUGACUCGAUAAAAUGUUCAUAGGUUCUUUCAAUAAUUUUACAAAAUGAGGUGCUCGCACUUUAGGUUAUGUCGAAUGGAUUGGGCUUCACGUAGAAAACAAUAUAAAAAUAUUUUGGCAACAUCAUCAGUAACAAGAAGAUUUACAAUAGCAAUUCACGUGGAAUUAGCAAAAACAAAAACAGGAAGUCAAAUGGCGGCGCACAUCAGUUGCAACCCGUUAGCAGAAGACUAAUAUAAUUACCAAAAACAAAAAAAAAAAAUGUAUCAAAAGUUAAUUUAUGUUGAUUUUCGUAAAUUUAGUUAGAACAGCAACUAGCAGCUCGUCGUUUACGUGUAAAUUUAUUUAAUGCUUUACUUAUUUUCUUUAAUUUUUUUGUUAAAUGUUGUAAAUUAUUCAUAUACAUACCCUCAAACGUAUAAGAAACCGCGUUUUAUAAGCAAUUAAUUCCAUUCAAACACACACACACACAUAGAUAAAAGAACCCACUAACGAUAUAUAGGCAUUGUAUGGGCAUUUGUAGAAUCUAUGUGUAACGAUAUCAAGCAUAACAACUGUAUAUAACUUUUGACUAUUUCUUUAAAUUUACUUUCAUUGGCGAUAUGUUUGUUUACCUUAAUCUUUUUUUGACUUCUUUUUUAUUUUUUCCAAAUUUAUUUAAACAUAUAAAAAAAGUUGAAUGCAACAAAAAAUCAAAAAAAAAAAAAAACAAAAAAAAAACAUAUAUAUAUAUUCUAUAUGUAUAGAACACAUACAUAUAACAGCAAAAAAAGCAACAGCAAAAAAAAUUAAAACAGUAUAAAAACAUAAAACAUGGCAGUAUGUAAAACCAGCUGCAUGCGAAAGCGCAAUAAAAUCUAAGAGUGUUCGCCACAAGUUUCAUAGCCACUUUGUUAGCCUGCAAAAGCGUUGUGAAAAUGCAUUAUUGCGAAAAUUCGGGUUACUGACGAAAUAAUGCAGAUUUCAAAUUUACUGUCCAUUCCCAACAAAAUAUAUUGACGCAAAGAAUAAAGCAGAAAAAUCCCGUCCCCAAAAAAAAAAAAACAUUAACAUUGAUACAAGUAGUAAGAAUUCAUAAUAAACAUUAAACUUAUUUUUGCUUUGAAUGUGCAUAUAGAUCACUUUUCAAAUUUUCUCAAAACCGUGUUAGUGUUAACUUACUAUAACAGGGCACAUUUUGGUUUGAUUCCACACAUUCUUUAUAUUUGCAAUUCUUUUUUUUUUUUUUAAUCGACUAAUAUUUACCCCAAAAAAGCACUUGAGUGCUCUUCAAAAUUACAAAAGAAAACGUUAGACAUAAUUUUCUAUAUUUAUGUUAAAACGCAUAAACCUAAAGUCUACAACUCUCUUUUGAUUAAAAGCCUACGGGGUAUUUUCAGCGAGUACAACACUCAAGAGUAAAGCGUUGACUAACUGAGGAUUCAUAUUGACUUAAUAUUUGCUUAAAUUUAUCAACUUUUUAUAAUUUGUCAAGGGAAUUUCGAAGAGCAUUUCGUAUAAGCUUCAGUGCCUGACUAGUGUAAAUGAAUUAGAAUGCGAAAAAAUGUAUGUUUCAAAUUUUCAAGUAUAUUUAAAGUAAAUGAUAACAUUUGUGUAUUUUUACAUUUAAUAAAUCUGUAAUUUUCUGUAAUUAAAUUUUUCCACAGCUAGUUUGAUCAUGUACAUUCAAAGGCGGAAAAUGUCAAAUAUAUUACAAGUCAAAUAUAAUAAAUCAAAUAUAUAAUUUGAAGGUAUGCCAUUGUAAAAAAAUUUCCAUCAAAAAUGUAUAUAGUAAAAUUGUUAUAGUUGUUGUUUGCCAGCUAUGCACUAUACAUACACAUGCAAUUUUUCUUUGGAAUUGAGCAUUUGGAAAAUUGAAAAGAACACAAGCAUAUUGUGAAUGGCUUGGGCCUUUUUAUUAUGUUGAUAGGCAAUAAACAUCUGUUGAUUUGAGUUUAAAUGUGUAAUAUACCCUACGUGUAAUAAAGAGAAACCCAAUAGUGGUUCAGUAUAAAGAGCAAAAAGAGCAAA